AAAUUUGCCUUGACUUUAAUCAGUAAGAAAAUUAACAGCCUGUUUUAAAAUCAUAAAAUAUGUACCCAAGUAUAAGACAUAGGGACCAACAAUUGAGUACUUUGCCUUAUAUUUGAAAAUUUAAAAAGGCAGUUUCUUUAACCUCAAACCAUCGCUUGUUAAGUUUCAAUAAAUAUUUGAAAUAUUUUGUAUCUGUGAUUUUUUAUAAUAAAAAUCCACAAGACAUAUUUAUUAUUUUUUCUAAUCUAAGAGAUAAAAAAAUUCCAUUUACCAAUCAUUACUCCCCCUUGUGCUAUUUUAUCACCAUUCUAUAAAUUUAUACUCCAAUCAAUUAAACCCAGUCUUUAAAUAUAUAUCAAAAUGAAAGCUGCACUAUCAUUUAAUUUACUAAGUCUAUUAUUAUUUUUUUCAAAUAAAUUUUUGGAGACAAAUUCUUUAACAAAUAAUCCGAGUCCAUUGGUAGUAAUUACGUGGGAUUAUUUGAAUGCUACCCAGCAUGCCUGGAAAAUUUUAAAUGAAGAGAAAAAAAGUUCAAUAGAUGCGAUUGAAGGUGCCGGCAGUUUAUGCGAAGAGCUGCAAUGUCGUACUACUGUCGGGUACGGCGGAAGUCCGGAUGAAGCUGGUGAAACUACAUUGGAUGCUAUGAUUAUGGACGGAGUGAAUAUGGAUGUUGGAGCUGUUGGUGGCAUAAGAAAUAUUAAAAAUGCGAUAUCAGUCGCGCGAAAAGUCCUUGAGAAUACAGAGCACACAUUACUAGCUGGAUCUCUUGCUACUGACUUUGCUGUCAAAAUGGGAUUCAAGCAUGAGUCACUGGCAACUGAUUUCUCUAAAAAUAUGUGGGAAUCAUGGAUGAAAAAUAAUUGUCAGCCGAACUUCUGGAAAAAUGUCAACCCUAAUCCAUCGGCUUCAUGUGGGCCGUACAGUCCUGUAAAAAAAUCAAUUACUACUAAGAUUGCUUUGGAAUCAACUGACACUGAUGAAGAUAAUCAUGAUACGAUUGGUAUACUUGCGAUGGAUAGUAAUGGAAAAAUAGCUGCUGGCACAUCGACCAAUGGAGCGAAUCACAAGAUACCAGGGCGUGUUGGAGACUCGCCAGUUCCCGGGGCUGGUGCUUAUGCUGAUCAAGAAGUUGGUGCUGCUGCCGGUACUGGGGAUGGUGAUGUAAUGAUGCGAUUCUUGCCCAGCUUCCUGGCUGUUGAAGAAAUGCGUCGAGGAGCUUCACCAACGGAAGCUGCAGCAGUAGCAGUAAACAGAAUAGCUAAACACUACCCCAUGUUCAGAGGUGCUGUCAUAGCGCUCAGUAAAAAUGGAGAUUAUGGUGCAGCUUGCAAUGGAUUCGCUUCUUUUCCUUAUUUUGUUAGUAAUGCAGCACUUGGGAAACCGACAUUAUUACGCAUUAAGUGUUUCAAUUCAAUCAAACAAGUGUCAUUAAUUUAAAUAUAUUUUUAUAAUAUUUACACUCUAAUUGUACUCUAUCAAAAAAAUAUAUAAUCGGUUUCAUAAAAAAUA